CGAAAUUAGUAUUGAUUAUAAAUCAGAGCCAGACCAUUAGCAGAGCAUGUAGGAGGUCUGUGCUCUCCGUGCAGGUAUUGGAUGAAUGUCGAAAACAACAAGCACAACUGAAUGUCUGAUGACGUAAAUGCAAUUCAAAAAGAUCACAUUUUUAUUUGGAGAAAUAAAAGAUAAAUCUUUUCUCCGGAAAAUUCCGUUGAGAGUGGGAACUCGGGACGAAAACGAAUCACGUGCUAUGAACAUUGUUCAUUAAACGACGUAACGAGUGGAUUAAAUCAAAGAAUCCAGACAAUUGUUACAAUUUCAAUCAUUUUUGUAUGAUAGCUUUUGCAUUGCCAGUCGCAACACAGUGCAUGGUCAAUAAAGUGCGGAGCGAUGAAAGGAUUUCAAAAUUUGUACUAUCACUCGGUGUUACUCUCAACAACAAUGGAACUGCUUUCUUUCUAGCCAUUUCAACCGUUUUUAUUGCUCGAAUGGCGUCACAUUGAAUUUCUUGUCACUUGCAAUGAUACUGAUUACCGUAACUGCAUGCUCGAUGUCAAUGCCAUGGGUUCCAAGCGGUGAGUUGCUCAUUUUGAUGGUUGUUCUCACUGCAGUCGAUGUCGAUGCAAAAUAUGUGACGCUCUUGUUUGCCGUUGAUUGGAUAUUAGAUCUUCUGAGAACCACGAGUAAUGUGAUUGCAAACUGUUUUGCAGCCAUAAUCAUUGAAAAAAUGUUCAAAAAAGAGUUGGAUGCACUCGAUGCUGGGACACAGGCUGAGGAAAAGCUGAAUCAAGUCGUUUAAUGUUAGAUGUCGGAACGGGGUUUACAUAGAGCUUAAAUGAAUUUGAAUUAACUGCCGUCUGUUCGAAAAUGCAAACAGUGCCAUCUUGUCGCAUUUUAACGAAAUUCUCAUCUCAUCAAUACCAAUAGUGUUUAGUGAUUGUAGCACUUACACACAACAGUGUACGUGGCUCACGUAUCACGACCGUGAAAUACGUCAGCUGUUGUUGUCACACAAAUGUCGCGUGUAAGCGGAGCUGUCAAAACUUUUAGCACUAUGUGUAAUUUAUAUGGUCUUUUUUAUCAAAUGUUUGUAUGAUUAAAUGUAAACAAGUUGUAAAUUAAGCUGAGCUGGUUUUAUUCUGUGGAAGAGUUGAAAAACGAGUGAUUUUAGUGCCUUUUCGUGAGCAACCAAUUCAAAAUCAUUGCCUACGGUGUGUGUGUGUGUGCGUGUGUGCAAAAACACAAGUUCUUCAUUUGGGCGAUGCUCAAAUUAAGAAGGCAGCUCAAGAUAAAAUAAUAAACCAACAACGGGCAGGAGAACUAGAGAAAAAGCCAAACGCGCGAACGAGUGUAAAGCGAAUCAAAAAUAUGGCAACAGACAAUAGUCAAUUAGAUUUUCGAUUAAAAAUCUAUGUCUUGGAAUUGGAUACAGUACCCAUAACAAUGGCACCACCACUACCAUCGUCGACAACAACAAUUCAACAAUCGUCAUCAUCAACGGCAACGACAGCAUCAACAGUCAACACAGCCGCCUCUGUAACCGAUUAUGUAACACGCACAAUCGACACAUUCGACAUUAGCCGCAACAGCAUAGACUACCGAGCCGAAGGCAAUGCAAAUAUUGUACUCGCCAUACCACAUCGAUGUCAGGUGUUACGUUUGCCAAAAAAAUUCAAAAGUAAACAAAACAUCUGCCGUGCAGAAACCGCAAAAGAAUAUGGUUGGCAAAACGAACGCAUUUUCUACGUGUAUAAAUACAUCGAUCGUGUUUCGACGCUGUUUGGACCAAAUAUAUCAAGCCGACCGAUUUUAGUGCGGAUCGAAUUUUGCAAUGUUGAUUCAUUCGAUACAUGGUUACACAACCACAGGCCAUUGCAUCGCAUUCAGUCGAUGAUGAUAACGAUGACACCGACGAAAAGAGAUGAUUUUGAUUUUGAUUAUGGUUUACUUUAUCACGACGCCUGUAGCCUAAAUUUAAAUUUGGAAAGUGUGGCCAUGCCACGAAACAUCUCUAGCAAUAGCGGCAUUAACAUCAGCAGCGGUGAUGUGUUGGCCGUUGAGAUUAAGCCAAAACAAGGAUGGGAUAUAUGUGCGCUGCCCGAGUGGUUGCUGGAAUUAUUUGAGAUUGGCCAUGGUGUGCGGAACAAAUGUCGAUUUUGUGCAAUGCAACAUCUCAAGGUUAGGGGACGACAAGUACAUCAGCUCAGCAAAUACUGUCCAUUAGAUUUAUUCUCUGGUGACGCUGUACGCAUGAAAAAAUCCAUACGUAAUUUAAUCACUGCUCCUCAAAAUAAUUUUCGAAUUUUUCGGAAUGGGCAGCUCGUUUUUGGCGAUGAUGAUGAUGAUGACUAUCAGGAGCAUGCUUUACAAUCCAUAUUAUCCCCGUACUUUGGUGCAAAUUCAAAUAACGUGAACGAUUUUAUAUCGCUGUUGGUGAAUAUGUUGCAAUAUGAUUUUGUGAGUGGCUGCGAUCCGCGCUUCGCUCAAGUGGAGGCAAACGAUAUAAUUUCGGAGUCGGAAACAGCGAAAAAUCAACUCUCUGCAUGUAUUACAUCGAAUUCCAGCCAUUUACCAAAGCAAUCGGUAUUGAAACGUGUUCUUGACUUACAACUACUUGCAAAGAAAACCAUUCCAUAUGUUGCCCAAAAAUAUACCGAGAACUCAAACGGAUGGGAAAAUUUAAUCAGAAGCAAACAAUGGCCACACUUACAUGUCAUCGCAUUGCAUGAGAAACUGGGCCGCCACACAACCCAUCAAAAUCCCGUUGAUGUAAUUGACUAUGAAUAUUUGAAAAGUACGUGCAAUUUGAGUGACGAAGAAAUAUAUGAGAUUGGAGCGACUGCGCUCGACUCUUCCAUCAUGUUGACAUUUCAGAGUUGCGGCCAACAAACCAAUCAUAAUUUGGGGUAUCCAUUAGUUAAACUAAAUGAUCAACAGUUCAUUGUAAAUGCAACCGUAUUCGAUUUAGAUCCAAAGCUUUAUCCACGUCAUUUCAUGAAAUACGUACAAAAAACACGAGAAUCAUUCAAUGCAUAUAAACUGUUUCUAGGUGCUAAACAUUUGUGAUAUUUUCUAUCGUUGAUUUUUGUUUUUUAUUGUAUCAAAGUGGCUUUUAAUCUGUCUUGUAACUAUUCCGUAACAUUUUCUAUUCGUUCAAUAAAUUAAAAAAAAAAGUGUAAUCAAAACAAAUCAUCAACUGUAUUUUUCAAAGCCAUAUUUGAAGCGAUUGGCAAGAGAUGGCGCUAAAGAAAAGUUUGCGACGUCGCUUUCAAAUAAUUUAAUGUCAAUGCUCAAAACUCACGUAAUUAUCACCACGAAUUUACUCUAUUCACUCGUCGUAUUUAUCCAGAAUUCAUUGUAUGUGAGAAUUUUUCCAUUAAGUCACCUGCUCCUAAGGUGUGGAUUUGUAUCUUCUUUUUCUGGAUUUGUUCAUAUAUUUGGAUAAAUCGCAUUAGCAACGGACUAUUUCGACUAUUCGAAAAAAAAUCGUAUAAUUUUUAUUCGAUUAGUUCAACGUUAUUUUUUAAUUUAAUUGCAUUCCGUAUAUAUCGUGAUAAUAAAAAGUAAAAAUCAUUGUAAAUUCAACGAUUUUGAAUUUAAUUUUUAAAAAACCAUUUUUUGUCGUGUUUAUCGCACUGAAAAACAGCUAAAGUCAUCGAAAAGAUAACAUUUCCUCAAUUAAAUCGAUAACAACCGUAAUAUUUAUUGACAACGAACAACGAGCCGCCGAUAAGUGAAUCAAACAUCUCAAAUAGGUUGGCGAAAGGAAUUCCCAUUAUUGUACGAUCAGAUUACGACGACGAUAAUUUGAGAACGACUGGUGUACAAAUCCAUCAUUCAAACCAUUUGACGACAAUAAAUGCAACGCAUAAAGGUGAUCUUCCAUUUGGUUCGACAAAAAAUUCGUCUAAAGUUUGCGAAGGCAAUAUAUUAGGAAUGCCAUGUUCUACAUAACUGCACACACAGUCACGCAAAAUCAAUUUGCAAACACUAACACCGAACAUCAUCAAUUGCCCAGUCCCGAUCCAUAUUCGGUGUGCAUUGAUCCACUUGGCCCAUACGGAUUAGGCACUGCCGAUGAAAAGAAACCACCAAUCAUUCUACUCCCGUAUACAAUUGACAAAUUGCCUAGGAAGAGCAGCGGUGAUCUACAUCAGAUUAUAAUUUCCGAUGGUUUGAGAACUCACACGACAUCAGUAAGCAGUACGAAAUCGUUGUUGAGCGACACAAGUUUGGAUCAAACCGGUGCUCAUUGGGGUAGUGAAUCGAUUUUUGUGAUAAUGAUGGCAUUAAUAUUUGCACUUUUGCUAUUAACGCUAAUCACUUUAGUUUCUAUUAAAAUAAUCGGUUAAAAACCGUUCGAUAGAUUUGCUCAAAUUGAAAAUUCGGAUAAUAAAUCCCAUUUGGAUUUAAAUUGUAAAAUAGUAUUGGAACCAAUGACAAAGAGUUUCAAUCAAAGAAAUAAGCACAAUCGAUUUGAUAGAGGAAGCGAAAAAAACAGUGUAUAAUUUAGAUAAUAAUUUAAAAUAGCCCGUGUUUGGACUUUACUGUGAAUGUUUUUUGUACAUGCGUUCAAUAAAUCGUUGUGAUGUCGUUGUUUGUACGUGUAACGGAAGGGAAAAAAAUA